AUGGGCUUACCCUUCUUCGGAGAGACUCUGCAAAUGGUCCUGCAGAGACGCAAAUUCCUGCAGCUGAAGCGCAGAAAGUACGGCCACAUCUACAAGACGCAUCUGUUCGGAACCCCCACCGUGCGCGUAUUGGGCGCAGACAACGUGCGACAGAUCCUCCUGGGGGAGCACAAGCUGGUGUCUGUCCAGUGGCCGGCGUCUGUCCGCACCAUCCUGGGCUCUGGAUGUCUGUCCAACCUGCAUGACAGCCAGCACAAGCACAUGAAGAAGGUGAUCAUGCAAGCCUUCUCCCGGGAGGCUCUGCAGAACUACGUGCCGAUCAUGGAGGAGGAGAUGAGGAGUGCCAUUGACUUGUGGCUGCAGAGCGGUUCCUGCGUGCUGGUCUAUCCGGCUGUCAAGCGGCUGAUGUUCCGGAUCGCCAUGAGGCUGCUGCUGGGAUUCGAACCCGCACACAUGGACCCGGCGCACGAGCAGCCGCUGGUGGAGGCCUUCGAGGAAAUGAUCCGCAAUCUCUUCUCGCUGCCGAUUGAUGUGCCCUUCAGCGGCCUCUACAGGGGUUUGCGGGCUCGAAAUAUUAUCCAUGCCAAGAUAGAGGAGAACAUAAAGGAAAAGCUGAAGAGAGAGCCAGAGAACUCGUGUAAGGAUGCACUGCAGCUACUCAUAGACCAUAGCCGCAAAAACGGGCAACUGGUGGACCUGCAGGCACUGAAAGAAUCUGCCACAGAACUCUUAUUUGGGGGCCAUGGGACAACUGCCAGUGCAGCUACAUCCCUGAUCACAUUCCUUGCCCUUCAUAAAGAGGUUGUACAGAAAGUCCGGCAAGAACUUGAAUCUAAGGGUCUCCUAUCUAAUAAACCUGGAGAAAAGAAGGACCUAAGCAUAGACAUUCUGCAACGGCUGACAUACACUGGGUGUGUCUUAAAGGAAACCCUUCGACUCAGCCCACCAGUUCCUGGGGGAUUUCGUGUUGCUCGAAAGACAUUUGUCCUAAAUGGCUAUCAAAUUCCAAAAGGCUGGAAUGUCAUCUACAGCAUUGCUGACACUCAUGAUGUUGCAGAGAUCUUCCCAAAUAAAGACGAAUUUGAUCCUGACAGAUUUCUAACUCCUUUUCCUGAAGACUCCUCCAGAUUCAGCUUCAUUCCAUUUGGAGGAGGUGUACGAAGCUGUGUGGGCAAAGAAUUUGCCAAAAUGCUCCUGAAGAUCUUCAUAGUUGAACUGUGUCGAAGCUGCGACUGGGAGCUCUUAAAU